AUGGACGGUCGCAUAGCUAACCUAGCAGACUGGACGGAGGUUCGCCGGAGGAGAAAAUCGACCCACGAAAGAGAUGCAAACGCCCACGUAAUUUCAUAUUAUGUCUCCAACCUACCAGAUAACGCAAACAAGAUCAAAAUCCGGAAAUCAUUUCAUAUUUUUGGAAAGGUGGUUGACAUUUAUAUUGGCAGCAAAAGAGACAAAUCUGGCUCUUUGUUUGCGUUUGUCAGAUUUGAAGGAGUUAGAGAUGCAAAGAUUUUGGAGAAGGAGAUGAGCAGAGUGAGAUGUGAACAUUGUAUUCUAAAGGUAAACAUUGCAAAAUACCAGAGGUAG